GUGGAGUAUUUUCUAUGGUGGCACUGGAACUGAUUGAGAACGAGGGAUGUUGAGAGGGAAUGUCGUCUCACCUCGUCCAAGAGAUAAGUAUAAGAGGAGUCUUAGAAGUAUAGACUCAUAGUACUAACUUCCUUUCCAGAUGAAGAGAAACUACGAAGGGGUACAUCGUCAUCAUCAGAAGGGCCUCGGUGUGGGAGACGACAGCAUUCUCUUGUUGACAUUCUCAUGUUCUUUACACUCAUCUCAAUCAGGAGUUGCAUCGUUCAUAUUUGCCUAUGGUAGCUGGUAUGAUAUGCGGCGUCUGGCUCAUCCAUCGAUCCGCUGGUGCCUUAAAGCGAGCGAAGGAAGUCAAUGAGCUUCAAAGUUAUGGGGAUCGAUUGGUCAAUAUUGACCCUGACGAGUAGAUUCCAGUCAUCAGUUCUACUAGUCGUUUUUUUUGGAGUAGGAAAUGGAAAGGAAACUUUGACACGUUUUCUAGAAGUAAGUCCUAAGGAAGCAGCCCUUUCUAAAAGAAACACUGUCGCAAGAACCACACGAUUUCGCGAAGAAGCAUAGUAGUCGGUGGAACAAGAAACGUGCAGCUUCAGCUUGUGGAGGAUCAACAUGAUCAGUUAGUCGACUUAGAGGCUGGACCAGAGGGAGAGGAAAUGGAAGAAGCAGAACAAGUAGGUGGAAAGG